GGAUGAGUGGUCGCGCCAGGAGUGGGUGGGGGAGGCGCCGCGCGCGCGCGUGUGGGUAAAAGUGUGUGUGUGUGAGAGAGUGAUUGUGCGUGUGUGCCCACCCCGGCGAGGCACUGACCGUAUGCCGUAACCCGGCGCAGUGGAGGCGGCUACCUUCCCCCGAGGCUUGGUGCUCGGGCGUCCGCAGCGGGAUGUUCUCCCGGAGGAGCCAUGGGGAUGUCAAGAAAUCAACUCAGAAAGUGUUGGACCCGAAGAAGGACGUGUUGACCCGCCUAAAGCACCUCCGAGCGCUGCUAGAUAUUGUAGAUACAAGCGAACUGAAAUUUUUUUUUGAGACCAACUAUUCUCAGAUAUAUUUCAUCUUUUAUGAAAAUUUCAUAACACUGGAAAAUAAUUUAAAAUUAAAAGGAAAUAAUAAGUCACAACGGGAAGAGCUGGACUCUAUCCUCUUUCUUUUUGAAAAAAUCUUGCAGCUACUACCUGAAAGGAUUUUUUUUCGAUGGCAUUAUCACAGCAUAGGAUCCACUCUAAAGAAGCUUUUGCACACUGGAAAUUCUAUUAAGAUAAGAUGUGAAGGAAUCCGGCUAUAUCUUCUAUGGCUUCAGGCACUUCAGACAAAUUGUGCAGAAGAGCAGGUGUUAAUUUUUGCCUGCCUUGUACCUGGAUUUCCAGCAAUCAUGUCUUCAAGAGGUCCCUGUACACUUGAUACGCUUAUAAAUCCUACUCCUUUUUCAUCUGAUACAAAGAUACAUCCUGAAGAAAUAACCCCACUCUUGCCAGCUGUCUCGGGUGAAAAAAUUGGUGAGGAUCAAACCUGCUUUUUUCUUCAAGUAUUAUUAAGAUAUAUGGUUAUUCAGGCUGCGAGUUUGGAAUGGAAGAAUAAGGAGAACCAAGACACUGGGUUUAAAUUUCUCUUUACUUUGUUUCGAAAGUAUUAUCUUCCCCAUUUGUUUCCAACAUUUACAAAAUUAACCAACCUCUACAAACCUGUCUUGGACAUCCCCCAUUCAAGACCAAAACCAGUAUAUGUUACUUCAACUCGAAAUAAUGAAAAUACGUAUAGCACAAAAAUUCCAUAUAUGGCAGCUCGUGUUGCUUUUAUUAAGUGGAUUGUAACAUUUUUUCUGGAAAAGAAAUACCUAACAACAACUCAGAAUACUAAAAAUGGAGGAGAAGGAUUGCCUAAAAUCAUCCAGAAUGUUGGUGGAAUGGUACAAGAGAAAACCUCUGAGUUGGAAGUUAGUGGACCAUCUGAACAGGAUAAGAAUCAUUCUAACAGUAGUACUUUGUCUGAUCGAAGACUUAGUAAUUCCAGCCUUUGUAGUAUUGAAGAAGAGCAUCGGACUGUAUAUGAAAUGGUUCAGCGAAUUCUUUUGUCUACCCGAGGUUAUGUCAAUUUUAUCAAUGAAGUAUUUCGUCAGGCAUUUUUGUUGCCUUCCUGCGACAUAUCUGUAACAAGAAAAGUGGUCAAAGUAUAUAGAAAGUGGAUAUUACAGGACAAACCUUUGUUCAUGGAGGAACCUGAUAAAAAAGACAUUACUGAAGAUAGUGAUGCAAAUUUGGGAUUUUCAGUGACUGAGACAGAUAACAAACAGGCCACAACUGAACAUUCUGGUCACAAACGAUCUUCAAGCUGGGGACGAACUUACUCCUUUACUAGUGCUGUUAGUAGAGGCUGUAUAUUAGAAGAUGAUAAUAAGAAUAUUAAAGCUGGUGUACAAGCUACACUACAGGUAUUUUUGACAAAUUCUGCCAAUGUCUUUUUAUUGGAGCCAUGUGCAGAAGUUCCCAUGCUUUUGAAGGAACAAGUUGAUGCCUGUAAAGCUGUUUUGAGUAUUUUUAGGCGCAUGAUAAUGGAACUUGCAAUGAACAAAAAGACAUGGGAGCAGAUGUUGCAAAUACUACUCAGGAUAACAGAAGCUGUCAUGCAGAAGCCAAAGGAUAACCAAAUAAAGGACUUGUUUGCCCAGAGCUUGGCAGGGUUACUUUUUAGGACACUUAUUGUGGCAUGGAUCAGAGCAAAUCUCUGUGUUUAUAUUUCUCGAGAACUUUGGGAUGAUUUCCUGAGUGUGCUGUCUUCACUUACUGACUGGGAGGAACUCAUAAAUGAAUGGGCCAAUAUCAUGGAUUCAUUAACAGCAGUGUUGGCCAGAACAGUUUAUGGAGUUGAAAUGACAAACCUACCACUGGAUAAGUUGAGUGAGCAAAAAGAAAAAAAGCAAAGAGGCAAAGGUUGUAUUUCAGAUUCUCAGAAAGCCAGUGUAGUGGGGAGGUCAUUUUCUUUGAGUUGGAGAAGCCAUCCUGAUGUUACAGAACCAAUGCGAUUCAGGAGUGCUACCACAUCGGGAGCUCCAGGAGUUGAAAAAGCAAGGAAUAUAGUUCGUCAAAAAGCAACUGCUAAGCGAAGCCAGUCUAUCAGCAACUGUGCGCACCUUUCUGAGGCUUUGCCAGCUACUAAAAGUGUACCUCUUCUGCUUCAUACUGUGAGCUCUAUCUUACCUGGUAUCUCUUACACUUCUUGCUCUCACAGGCUGUCAGAAGUUGAAGAAUGUCAACAAUCAGAAAACAUACUGGGAGGUGAAUGUGGCUGCCUAUUUGUUGACCAGGAACAACAGAUACCUCGUAGCAGUAGUACUUCUGAUAUAACUGAUCAGUUACAGUCUGAUUCCUAUCAAGGUAAAAAAAUAGAGAAUUCACAGAAUUUAAAUUCAUCAGACCCCAGACAAAUUCAGGAAAAUAAAGGACAUUUAAAGAAAGAAAAUGAAGGGCCAACAAUUUUAGUGCGAAGAAGCAGCAGCCCAGCUGAAAUAGAUUUAAAAGAUGAUUUGCAGCAAACAGAAGGAAAAUGUAGAGAAAGACAAAAGAGUGAAAGUGUUAGCAGUGACACAUCUCUUGGCUAUAGUAACGAGGUGGAGAUAACAAUGAAUCCGUGGCAUCCAUUUGAGGAAGAUCAAGAACUGAAUACACCAACUGAUGUUGCUGUUGAUUCAGAUGCUAGACAUUGGUUACAGUUGAGCCCCACAGAUGCUUCAAAUUUAACAGAUAGCAGUGAAUGUCUUGCUGAUGACUGCAGUAUAAUUGCUGGUGGGAAUCUUAUAGGUUGGCAUCCAGAUUCUGCUGCUGUUCUAUGGAGAAGAAUCUUGGGAAUCCUUGGAGAUGUUAAUAAGAUCCAGUCACCCAAAAUUCAUGCCAAAGUUUUUGGCUAUCUCUAUGAACUCUGGUAUAAACUAGCAAAGAUACGGGAUAACCUAGCAAUAAGUUUGGAUAAUCAAACUUCUCCAUCUCCUCCUGUCUUGAUCCCACCACUUCGAAUGUUUGCCUCAUGGCUGUUUAAGGCUGCUACAUUGCCAAAUGAAUAUAAAGAAGGUAAAUUGCAAGCAUACAGACUAAUCUGUGCUAUGAUGACCAGACGCCAAGAUGUUUUGCCAAACUCUGAUUUCCUAGUGCAUUUUUAUCUUGUGAUGCACAUCGGCUUAACUAGUGAAGAUCAGGAUAUCUUAAAUACAGUUAUAAAGCAUUGUCCUUCCCGUUUUUUCUUCUUGGCUUUACCUGGCUUUACAAUGCUGAUAGGAGACUUCAUCACUGCUGCAUCCAGAGUUCUUAGUACAGACAUGUUGGCGGCCCCACGCUCAGAAGCUCACACCAUUCUGGGUUCUCUUGUUUGCUUUCCCAACAUUUAUACAAAAAUUCCAUUACUUCAGUCAGUUCCUGAAAUCGAUGAAGUUGUUACUGGAUCUGAAGACAUCAAACAUUACCUCAUAAAUAUUUUACUGAAGAAUGCAACAGAUGAGCCAUGUGAAGGUGCAAGAUGUAUUUCUGUAUGCUGCCUUGGACUUUGGAUAUGUGAAGAGCUUAUUCAGUGUACAAACCAUCCAAAAGUAAAGGCUGCAAUCAAUGUUAUAGGUGUAACUUUAAAGUUUCCUAAUAAGGUGGUGGCUCAGGUAGCUUGUGAUAUCCUUCAGUUGCUUGUGUCCUAUUGGGAAAAGCUUCAGAAAUAUGACAACUCUUUGCCACGGAAAAUUACUGAAAUCCUUGUGGCCACAAUUGCAUUUCUUUUACCAAGUGCUGAAUACUCUUCGGUAGAAACAGAUAAAAAGUUUAUUGUUUCUCUUUUACUGUGCUUGUUGGAUUGGUGCAUGGCAUUGCCAAUGAAAACCCUGAUGCAUCAAGUAUCUACUGUUCUUGAAGAUCAGCAUUCAUCUAGAGCCCCUUUACUAGAUUACAUUUAUAGGGUUUUGCACUGUUGUGUUUCUGGCUCAAGCACAUAUACUCAGCAAAGUCACUACACAUUGACUCUGGCUGAUCUUUCAUCUUCUGAGUAUGAUCCUUUUUUGCCACUGGCAAAUGUACGGAAUUCUGAGCCUAUACAAUACCAUUCUUCAACAGAAUUGGGGAACCUACUUACUGUUGCUGAAGAAAAACGGAGGAGGAGUUUGGAAUUAAUACCUCUUACUGCCCGUAUGGUGAUGACACAUCUAGUAAACCACUUGAGUCACUAUCCACUGAGUGGGGGCCCUGCCAUUCUUCACAGCCUUGUUAGUGAAAAUCAUGACAAUGCAUAUUUUGAAUCACCUGAGCUCUCGUCUGAAGUCUUCAGAAGUCCAAACCUACAGUUGUUUGUAUUUAAUGACAAUACCCUUAUGUCUUACCUUCAGAUUCCUGCAGAAAGAACAGAAGGGAGGCCCUCAAGUGCCCUCUCUGAUGUCAGGCUUAUUGUGAGAGAUAUCUCUGGAAAGUAUUCUUGGGAUAGCAAAAUAUUAUAUGGACCUUUGGAAGGCAGCUUUGCACAGAACAAGAGAAAUAAUUCAUUUGUGAUUUCAGAUAGCAGACAGCAGACAUUUGAACCUCAGAAAGAUUUUUCCCAUAUUGAAGAAGUAGAUGAUGUGCUUGACAAAUUACUUGAAAAUAUUGGCAAUGCAAGCCCUGAAUGUCUUUUGCCAUCCCAGCUAAAUCUAAAUGCUCCUUCUCCACCCCCAUUUGGAAUGAGUCAUUAUCAAGAAAAAGAGAUCAUCAAAGCAAUUUUAUGUCAGAAUGCCCAAGAAGAGGAAUAUGUACAUAGGUGCAGGUCUGAUGUCUCAAUGAAAGUUCCCAAUCAAGAACAGCCAGUUCCUUCUGAGCCACAAGGUCCAUUUUAUUUUUGUAGAUUACUGCUGAAUGACUUAGGAAUGAAUUCUUGGGACAGAAGAAAAAAUUUUCAUCUGCUGAAGAAAAAUUCUAAAUUGUUGAGAGAAUUAAAAAAUUUGGAUUCACGUCAGUGCCGUGAAACUCACAAGAUUGCAGUAUUUUAUAUUGCUGAAGGACAAGAAGACAAGUGCUCAAUAUUGUCAAAUGCAAGGGGAAGCCAGGCAUAUGAAGACUUUGUUGCUGGACUUGGUUGGGAGGUUGACCUUUCAACACACUGUGGAUUUAUGGGUGGCCUCCAAAGAAAUGGCAGCACAGGACAAACUGCACCAUACUAUGCUACCUCUACUGUGGAAGUGAUUUUCCAUGUCUCUACUAGAAUGCCAUCUGAUUCAGAUGAUUCUCUCACCAAAAAGCUUCGUCACUUGGGAAAUGACGAGGUUCACAUCGUCUGGUCUGAACACACCAGGAACUACCGCAGGGGUAUUAUACCAACAGAUUUUGGAGAUGUUUUAAUUAUUAUUUAUCCAAUGAAGAAUCACAUGUUCUUCAUCGAGAUAAUGAAGAAACCGGAGAUUCCAUUUUUUGGACCUUUGUUUGAUGGAGCAAUAGUGACUGCAAAAUUGCUGCCAAGUCUUAUAUGUGCUACAUGCAUCAAUGCUAGCAGGGCCGUGAAAUCUCUUAUACCCCUCUACCAGAAUUUUUAUGAAGAACGAGCUCUGUAUCUUGAAGCAAUAAUCCAGAAUCACAGAGAAGUAAUGACAUUUGAGGAUUUCGCAGCUCAAGUCUUUUCUCCCUCUCCUAGUUACUCCCUCAGUGGAACGGAUAGUCUCACCACCAGUGUGAGUGCUGACCUUCCUGUUUCUGUUGGAGGAGAGUUGGCUGGUCAGACAUCUCCAUCACUAACCCGUGCCCCCAAACUCAAAAGCUCUGGGAAACUUCGUCGUUCUGCAAGUGCCCUCAGCAAAUCUUCGAAUUAAAGUACAUCAGAAAUGGGUUCAACUCAAAAAAAAUUUUUUUGAGCUAACUCAAAAUAGAUUAUAUCAACAAUUGUCUGUAUACUUCACAGGAUGAUAUUUUGUGCUAUAAAUUCCUUCCAAAGAAGAAAAGAAAAACUCAUCUCCAAACAAGUUUCACUUCAUUCUCCCUUGUUCGUUUUUUGUGUGUAGACUAGGAAUAGGAAAUACAGGGAAUCCUACAUGACUUUUGAUGUGUAUCACAGGUAACAGGUUUUGUGUAACUCAAGUACUUUUUUCUUAUUUAUUAAGGCAGAAGCACAACUGUCAUAGGAAGAUACAAAACAGAUAUUGAAGCAGAUUGUUUAUGGAAUUGUCUUUGGUUGUAUUGGUUUUAUUAAUAUUCGCUCUGAUCUUAGGAUUUGUGUUUUACUUUGAAAAAGCUUUCAUCAUCAUAGAAAAUCGACUUGCCCCAAGGGCUUUUCCUCAUGGCCAAUAAGUGAUUUCACUUCAGUUUGAUUCACUCACCUCACUAUCUAGUCAGAUAUCAGAAUGUAAUUUCCCACCAGGUAUCCACUAGCACUAUAUAAGUUUUAACAAUCAUCUGUAGAGCUACCAGAUCAUAAUUGAAAGAUAUAGCAUUGAAGAUUCUACUUUCUAGGAACCCAGGUCAAAUCAAAUUUUAGCAAUUAUAGCAAGUUCUCAUUCAGUAAUAAUUUUUAAAUGGAAAAGGAUGAACAGAACAGUAUUCACUAUAGCAAAAUUUGCUUAGCUGAACAGAUAGUUUAAGUUCUGCACUUUUAAUCUGUAAUCUUUAUUGUCCAUUAUUCAAACCUUGAAAUCUGCUUUCAUACACAUAUUGUCAUUAUAACAGUAACUAGGAUUUGAUUAGCAUUCUUGAAGGACUUGAGUUCUGACAUAUAGUAGAGUCUCAUUUGCUAAAAGCACUUUGCUCUUUAUUCCCCAAAUCUUAACUUCAGCAUUUCUUUCACAACUGUAACCAUAGAAGAAUUUCAGCAUAUAGAUAACAUUUCUUCAAUCUGUUAAGCAAGCCACAGAUACAUAUUGAGAACUGACAUUGAGCAAGGUAUUGUACUAGACAUGGAAAUUAAAAGCCAACAAUUACCUCUAUAGAAUUACUGUGUGCCAGGUAUGAAAUGCACUAUUGAAGAUGAGAGGCCAGUAACACACAAGAAGAAUUGCCUGGUGUUGACCCAGCUUCUGAGGAAAUAGAUAACUGUACUUUGUGACCCCAGUCAUUAUUUUAUUCUAACUGGCUAAUGUUAAGAGAUCUACUAAGUAACAGUACUGAAUUCAGUAGCUAGUUAUUCAAGCUUCAGACUGCACUAAAACUUUUGGGACAUCAGGUACGUUCUUUUAAGAUUAUCUCCAAAGUGUAUAGAUCCCCAUUAGCCAACUUUGAACUUUUUCAUAAACCCAGUCAAAAGGAUGAGACAGUGAGAUGAGUGUGAGCAAGGCAGUACUGGCAUCUGGUAUUGUGAUGAAUGCUCAAGGUCACAGAAGAAAUUGGAUCAUGGAGCUAUUAACCCUUCCUCUUACUUUUUUUUUCCCUAUUCAUUUCCCUUCAUAUUUUCAUGUAGUUACUAUGUGAAAUACCUUUCUGACAGCUUUCUUUUUAAGGUUGUUGUGAAAGCCUGCAGAUAAGCUAUAUGUACAAUUAAUCUAUUCUUAUGUACACAACCAUUUUAACUAUUUGUAUGCCACUAACUUCAGGCAAAACAGUAGAACCUGUUGUGUGUGGAGUCAACCUAAAGUUCUUACCUGACUUUUAACAAUGUAUGUGAACCUAGUUCAUCAGGAGUCAGAAAACUUCUAAGUAGUAACUUUUAGGAAAUUAGGUUCAGACCUUCUAUUCACAUUGCUCUGCAGGCCAUUGAAUUGUGUCCCAUAAAAAGUUUAGGAAUUAGAAUUCUUUUCUAGUUCCUAGAAAUAUACUACUCUCCUCCCCCACUCCCCCCCCCCCCAAAAAAAAAGUAGUAUAUGUGUAACCUGAACAUAGGAAUGUAGUAGGGACACUCCAAGCAUAAGGGGAAAUUCAAUCACUUCAGAUUAUUUUUGUUUUGUAAAAUGAUCUACUUAUAUAAGUAUUCUCUGACUCCUUAUCACAGACAAUACCAAGAAUUUUCAAGAUUUUCAAGGUUUUUUCCUGAUUAUGCCAGCAAAUACCUCAUGCCCAUUUUGUUAUAUUUGAAAUCUGCACGUCAUAACAAAGGCAAACAGCCAUUUCACUUUUUAUUGUUUAUGUUUUUUAAACAAUGUAGAACAACCAGACUAAUAGGCUAAAUAAACUUUUGGUUUUUAAACUGGGAGUUAGCCCAGAAUUCAUUGAGAUAACUAUUUAAGGAACAUAUAAUCAUCGGGUAUCAUGAAAACAUGUAAAAUAACUGGCUUUUUUAGAGAGGUAAUGAUGAUACAUAUCGACAUAUAAGAGGGCCAAAUUAAAGUCCCAACUUUCUUAAUAAUAUUACAAUGGCCAAGCUUGUGUUGCUAUAUUUCAGGGCAUCCUCUGGGCUGGUCUUCCCACUACAAAUUCUGAUUGUCAGAAGCUUGUGACCAAGAUCCUGCAGUUUGCUUCAGGAUAGGCACAAGCAUAUUCUAGUUCAUGCUUUAUUUUCUGUGACAGAAAGGGAGGGACUAAUUUCAUCUGUAAUUUUUAUGACCAGAAAUUACAAAGGAAAAAAAAAUUGCUUCUUACUAGAGGUAAUUUAUAUGCUUGGUAACAAUUUGAUUUUUUUUUUUGAAGAAAAUAAUUUUAUGUACAAAUGAAUUUAAAUCAUUUUUACUAUUGGGGUAGCAAAUGGAAAUGCUCAUUAUCUCACUUAGAAAAGCAAAUAUUGUACCUUCGUAAUAAAUGCCUUUCAGCAAAAUUGAGUUGAUAAUCAGUCAGCACACACCCCUAGGUACCAGUGCUGACAAAUCACAUUAGCAGGUCAACCAUCUGUGAAUUAAAGUGUCCCUAAUUAGACCUAAAUGUGAUAAGACUUGUUGGCUUUAAGAUUGUAUUAGGUAUAUGGACUUCUUCAUUGGCAUGUUACUCUGAUGCGCUAUAACUAAAAACUAAUGUAGCAAAAUCUCAUGGACUGUUUUGUUCUUUAAAAUACUACUACUAAAAAAGGGAGGCAUGAAACUCCUAAACUAGAGAAAAGGAAGAAAAUUCAGCCAUAUCAAAUGAUUCUCACAAGUGUCUUUAAAUGCAUGCAGUCACUGAUAUAGGACCUAGGAACUACAGGGUAAGGAUAGGGUUUGCAGCUUUGGAUUUGGUGGCUUGUGUUGAUUGGCCAAACCCUGAGCCUUAUUUUUUUUUUUUUAAAUCAUGCAGAUUCAUAUAGCAAUGCAAAUAAUCUCUAGAUCUUUCCUCAGGUCUAAUUAAUCUGUUCUUACAAUAUUGAAUUUGUUUUUAUCAUGUUGUAUAACAAUUUGAGGAAUACUUUAAAACUUACUGUGACUUCUCCAUAAUUAUGGGUUUUUUUCUAUAUGUGAAACUGAAUUCCCUGUGGGACAAGCAAUUACUUUUAGUGACAUUCAAAAUCUCUGUAUGAUAUAUACAUUAAGUGAAUGUUUUCUGUUUCCACAUCUACAAUGUUUAGUGUGUGUGUGUGUGUGUGUGUGUGUGUGUGUGUGUGUGUGUGUGUAAAUAAGGAAAGGUAUUUGAUAAAUUCAGUAAAAAUUAACUUAUAGUGUGUCAUCUCCUUUUGAUUUUUGUUUUUCCUUUAUUUAAUUUUGCUAAAACUCAACAUUAAGGUUUAAGACUAGAUGAUUUUCCUAGUCCAGCACUGGAUGUUACUACUCCUAUACAAACUGAUCUUGAAACUGUCUUUUGAGAUAUCUCAUCAUUUCAGAGCAAGAACUGCUAGCAAAGGCAGAACUAAUCCCUGAAAACAACAGAAAGAAAUUGUUCCUCUUAAGUACUACAACUUGACUUGGGAGUUAAGACUCUCUUUUGUGAAGUAUGUUGAUAAAGUAAUUUAUAAAAGUA